AAUCAUAAGUACAAGGCACAAAAGUAAAAGUGUCCAUUUAAAAGACAGAUUCACAGAAGCGGAGAUUGAGUUUGUGAAUAAGCCGUUUUUAUUUUAUUUUCAACUAUUCCAUCAGUUAGGGUGCGGCACAUUGCCCACUCUACAUUUUCCAACCCAAAGCCUGGAUCCCCUCUUUCUGAUCAAGAAUACGAGCAAUUCUUUGAGCACCUGACGCCAAAACUAAGGGCAAAAGCUUUAUGUAAGAAGCGUAUGGCUUAUGGGUGCGAUCACCCAAAAAUCCAGGAUUUUGAUUUGAAAGAAAACCACGGAAUUAUCCCUAAAGGAACCGUGUGUACAGAUUUCAUAUUCUUUCAUCAUUUCAAAUCCUUCUGCCAAUUUGCCAAGUUUCGAUGCUCGAAUAAACUUUACUAUGCAAAGAGGAUGCCAUGCAAGCAUCCCAUGGGGAAUAAUCACCAGGUAACACAAGCUGUUUCAACAACAGCUCGUGAAUUUGUUACCAGUUCCUUUACUUCUGGUGACCAAAUAACAUUUACUGGUCCAUUCGAAUCCAGUAAGACCUUAGAAGUGGUCAGUCAACCUACGGAUUCUUCUUUUGGCAAUUCCAAGAUGGAGCAAGAAUUUAAGAGCCAAGUUACUGAAGCGCCAAUUAGCAAAAUGGCAACACUGAACUACCAAGAUUCUAAAGCAGAUCAGGUGGUUCAGGUUUCUGAGAUGAAUGUAGAUGUGCACAAGGCAAAAGAAGCCGAUGUCUCAGUAGCUUAUAGGACUUCAUCAGAAUCCAAACCUGAUGAGACCUCUACAGCACUCAGUACAGUCACAGCUCCACCCUAUGCAGAUAGCACACAAGGGACCAGUUCGGACCAGGAAUCUGAGUACAAAUUGUUACCAGAUCUCAAGAACAAAAUUAAAAUGCUGGUUAAGAGUAUUUUUAAUAUGACUGGCGUGAGUCCAGGUCUAAGAAAUCCUGUGAACCUAAAAUCCUAUCCAAUGGCAAAUGAGGAUAUUCAGGAAACUACAGAAGAUAUAUCAACAACGACAGUCACAACAGAAAUACCAAAGACUGAAGGAUCUCCAAAAACAAUUGAAUUGAAUUUAAGCCUGAAUUCACUGAAUGAUCCUGAAGUCAAUAAAUCGUUAUGUGAAGCACUUUUCUCCGGAGCUUGUAUUCCACCUGCUCCACUUAUUCAACAGUGGAAAAAGUUGGAUGACGAAGCUCACGGAUUCAGAGAUGAUGAUAUGGUAAUGAUCUUACAAUAUUAAUUGAACAAACUUAUUAUAAAUACAUGACUGAUUCUUUUGGCUUUAUUGUCUUUCCACUUGUGGUGGCGCUUACUAACCUUAUUAUUG